GGAGCAGUUCAACUCAGAAGAACUAUAGUUAAGAAGAGGUCAGGUACCUUUGCAUCUUAUUCAUCUGUAUCCUGAUCAUAAUGUCAAAAGGGUACGCAGUGUUUCCAUUCAUACAGCAACCAAGGGUUACUGUGAUUAAUGAGGCCCUCAUCCGCGACAGCAUCUAUCUGAGUCCUACCAUUUCCACCGAGGAGGAUCGCAUACGCGUCGUCAACAAUUGCGAAGAAGAGAUCUUGAAGGACAAAAUGAAGAAGCAGGUGGAAACGAUGGAUUUAUAUGAUGUUACCACAUUACUCCUAUCUUUUAGACACAUUGGUAAAAUUGAGAAUCUAUACGGGGUUGGAAACUUAACCAAGCUAAGUCUCGAUAAUAAUCGCAUCCAGAAAAUCGAAAAUUUAGACCACUUGACAUCCUUACAUACCCUAAAUCUUAGCUAUAACGAAAUCACUUGUAUUGAGGGCCUUGACUCGCUAGUGAACCUAGACAAUCUUUCAUUGUAUGCUAACCAAAUCGUUCAGUUGGGUGGUCUUGAGAAUCAGAAAAAACUAACCACAUUAAGUCUGGGGAAAAAUCGCAUUGACAACCUCGACGCCACACUCCAUUAUCUUCAUAACUGUCGAAACCUAAAGGUGCUCACCCUCCGGCAUAACCCCAUUGAAUCUGUUUUGCGCUACCGGGUCCGUAUGCUGGCGUUUGUGCAGACGUUGCGCUUUUUCGAUGGGACGUUGGUAAGCGAUGAUGAAAAGGCGAGGGCUUGCGAGGAGGAGCGAGAGAACUUGUUAGCGAUCGACGAAAAUGACGAGGUUAUCCUUUUUACUGGAAAAGCGAAACAAGAGGAAGAGCGAAGCAGGGAAGAGUAUCUCCGAUAUAACUGCCCCGACGAGACGAAGUUGUUUGAUGAGCUUUUUGGUCUUCAACUGGACGGAUGUAACAUGUCUGAACUCUUACGUUCCGAAGCGGUUAUACCGUUCUCCAAAGAUACACUUGAGCGAUAUCAAAACGAGUUUAAUGAAAAGGCCAAGGAGCUAGCGGAGGCCAUGAAGAUGGUCCGCAACCGUCGGGAUGGGGCGGAGGCUUCUAGUCGGAAGGCUCUCCGUUGCUACAAUGACAACAUCGCGGCCGAAUCGCGCGCUUUGAUCAAGGGGUUUGAGAGAAGUCUUAAAGAAGCAGUCAAGAUCAAGUCACUAGAAUCCGAUAUAUCUGAGCGAGAUGUGCUUAGAAAUUACCAAGAGGAUCUGGCUACGCUAAAGAAAGAAUUGCUGAUGAGGGAGGCGGAGCAGUAUGACAUGUAUGAGUCUCUGAUUAAUAACACCAUAGCUAAAUGGAGAGCUGAGAACGCAGACGUCAUUCUACAGAGCGCUUUUGAGAGCUUCUUCAAAUUAGAGGGUGAUUUCCAAGCUUCUCUGCGCCAAGUGUUCGAUUUUAUGUCUGAGCAGAUUCAAAAACGUGACAAAAUAGAAGACUUUUACACACCGGGACGUUUAGAUGAGACACUGCUUGUUUUGUUAAACAACAAGGAAGAGUACCAAAAGGUCAUAAAUGAGUGGUUUGAUCUUCGACGAAAGCGUCUGGAGGAGUUAGAAUUGUUCCACCUUAAGGCUGAGGAAGCCUAUUUGAAUAACAAAACUGAUGAAAUCAUAUCGACUGAGCGUGACCGCCAUCGAAAUUGUCUUUGUGAAAUUGAUGAAUUUGUCGAGCGGAUGUCGGAUCAGCUUCUCACGAUUAGCUUCAAAUGACUUGGUAAUUGCUUUACUCAAGGGAAAGAUGAGGAAAGUGAAGACAGGAUUCUAUUAUCGCUGUGCUAGUACUGCUUUGUGAUAUUUCUUUUCAAUGUAUAGAACGACUGCACAUUCGCAAUAUCGUUUGAAUGUAAGACGCCAUGGGAAACAGAAAGCACGGCGCUCAUUACACCAAAAACAU